AUGUGGGUCCUCAUCUGGGCAGCUCUACUUCUCUCUCUGACAGAGAGAACCACAUGCAACAGUAAGGUCCCUUUUAUCACUACUAUUGUUACUAUAAUAAUCAUUAGUAGAUGUGGUAGUGGUAGUGGUAUGGCAAAAAUCUCAAUAGAUACUAUAUCAUAAAAAUGUUACGAACAAGUGAAGUAGUAUCCAAGUGCUUUCUGCAUUACUCAUAACUGUAUUAAUUUCCCUCCAUCAGAACAGCCACCACCACCACCACCAAUAGCAUCACCCUGGACCAUCACCUUCAGUCCAGCAGAGAUAACAGCAGAGAAGGGACUAUGUGCUGUUAUUUCAUGUACCUUCAGUCAUGCAGAGAACUUCAUUCCUACUGCAGCAAUAUGGUUUAAAUGCCCUGAAAAUGGCAAAUGUGAUCAGGAUGAAAACAUAAUUAUCCACUCUGAAACUCCCUCUAAAGCUCAGGAGGGUUACAGAAAGAGAGUGUCUCUACUGGAGACUGAUCUGACAAAGAAGAACUGUAGUGUAAUCAUCAACAACAUCAGAAAGAAUGAUGCUGGAGAGUAUCAGUUCAGACUGCUAAGUGCAUAUACAUACUCCAAGAAAGUGAAAAUCACAGUGAGAGGUAUUUCAUGACUAUUAUUAUCAGUUACAGUGACAGACUAUUACUGUAGUUCAUUGUAUACAGUACACACUUGCCAAGUUCCCUCUCAAGUCUCCCUUAUUAUAAAGUCCUCUCAUAAGAGGACAAGAUGUCAUUACUGGGAAGACUCCUAUUCAGACUUAGCACAUCAAUGCUGCUCUCCUAAGGCUGAUUAUGUGUCACUGCUGUUUAGUACACAUAUGUAAAACUCACUUCUGUGUUUGUAUUUCCUGUCUCCAGCUCUGACCCAGAAGCCCUCAGUGUUGACUCCUCCUCUGACAGAGGGAGAACCAGCUACUCUGACCUGCACCGCCCCGGGGAUCUGCUCUGGAACUCCUCCUAACAUCACAUGGACAUGUAGAGGGACAGGAGACAACAUCACUGAGCUCAGAGACAAUACCACCAUACAGAAGAGAGAGGACCUGACCAGCGUCACAACAUCACACUUCUCAACUUUGACCUUUACACCCUCAGCUGAGCACCACAACAUGAUGGUUACCUGUCAAGUAACUCAGAAAAAACUUCAAAUUGAAGAGACAGUAACUUUGAAUGUAACAUGUGAGUAACAUGUCACCUACAUUUUACAUUAAACACCUUAUUCCAGAAAAUCUUUUAAACCUAGGAAUAACCUUGAUAAUAAGCAAAUUAUACAAUAUUCAGGCUAUACGCAGUUAUGUCAUGGCUUUGACCUUUUCCCUUGCUUUUUAAUCAUGAUCCAUUGUAAUUAGUCCCUCAACUGAUAUAGUUUGAAUUUAGUGUAUGUGUAACAAUACAUGUGUAAAAUUAGAAACUCUAUGCACUCAAAGAUGUGAAAGACCCCCAAAUAACUGGAAAUAAAACAGUGAAGGAGGAUGGUACCCUGGGUCUGACCUGCAGUGUUGACAGUUACCCACCAUAUGACAUCACUUGGAGUAAGAACAGGACAAGUGCCCCACUUCAGAAUUACACUGAAAAGGCCACUCUCACCAUCUCCAAUGUGACAAGAGAACAUGCUGGGGAGUAUGUGUGUACAGCGCAACACCUCAACAGGACUAUGACAGCUUCCACUGUUGUCACUGUGAUGUGUAAGUACAAACUUGAUUGAAAUAUACAAACUAAUUUUAUAUUUUAAGAUCUGGAAUUACUCUGGCAUGUUUUUAACAUCAAUCUAUCACUGAUACCUCUCUCUUCACUGUCUUUUUCCAGACCAUCCUGUGAUUCUUCCUGGCUCUGGGUGUGUGGAUCAGGCAGAGGUCAUGACCUGUGUGUGUGUCAGUCAGGGGGUUCCCUUACCCCUCAUAGAGUGGCCACUGUUGGUGCUCAACACAGAGAACACUAUGUCAGUGUUGGGUUCCUCAGUGAACAGCACUAUCAGCCUGCCUGUUAGAAACCACAACAACACCACUGUGGAGUGUGUCAGCGGAAAUGUGGUGGGUGUAGUGAGAGCGAAGUUGCAGGUCACCCAAAAUAAGAGCCAAGAAAAUCAAAGAGGUAAAUAUAUAAAUCAAGUUACUUGGUUAGAGAGCCACAGCUUCCCAAUCCCACCCAAUGUAUGCAAUAUUGAAGAUGUUCUAUACAUGUAGAAUUAGAGUCUGAAAAUUACAAUUUUUUCUUCCAGAGGAUAUGAAGUAAUGUGACCCAAUUCUAAUGCAGAGUUGUUGUUGUCUUUUUAGAGAAGGGACGGGACAGUAUUAUAGCUAUUCUGUCGGACCAAAAACUGAUUAUUGCGUUUGUGAUUGGUGCAGCCCUCUCAGCCACCAUCUGUUGUAUCUUCAUGUGUUUGACAGGGAAAUGUAAAAGGUACAUGCAUUGUAUUACUGAAGUACAUUUAGUGUUAACUGAGUGUUGUUUUUAAAAUCAAUUGCAGAUUGUCUUUAGAAAUUCAUAUUUACUACCAAGAGAAUCAGAUAUAUUGUCAAAAGUGCCAAUGCCUUAUACCAUAUUGUAAUGGACGUGCUUACUAACCCCUCCAAAGUACAGUUAUUGAGAAAUUUCAUUUAUUAUAUUUUCCUUAGACAAAAAGAGAGGAUCCCAAAGGACUCAGACUCCAAAAGCCCUUUCAUGAACCUGGAGAUGGUGGCAUGUGAAGACCAACAGGUGCAGUACCAGUUUCUUUCUUUAUUCAGCUUUACCAACAUUCAGUUAGCAUUGACAUGCCAAUAGGAGUUGAUAAGACAGCAUAAACAGAUCUGGGACCACCAAGCUAACAAAAUACUUCUAACACAGUGCUUUCUGUAAUAUACUCCAUAGACAGAUGCAGGACAAGCUGUGGGGGGCGAACAGACACCUCUGCAGGGGGUGCUGAGGGAGGGAGCUGAAAAUGGAGGGCCCCUGACCAGUGGAGCCACGGGAAAAUCUGCCACAAGGGAAGAACCCAAAGAAGUGGACUACGCCAGUAUUGACUACUCCCUGCUGAAGAAGAAGACUCCUGAGGAGGCAGAGAAGAAGACCACCACCACAGAGUCAGAGUAUGCCGAAAUCAAACGAGAGAAGAAGAAAGAUGGGGAAGAAGAUGAAGGAGAGGGGAGUGGUGUGAUGGAGGAGGAGGAGAAAGAGAACAGUAAGCCAGCAGCAGAGACAGAUGAGGAUACAGCGCUUUACUCCAACGUCAAGGCUAUUAUGGGU